UAGUUUUGCAGAAGAUUGAGUCAACAGUUUUUUUUCAGUGCACUGCGAUCUGGAUCUGUGACCUGGGCAGAUUUUGUUGUUGAUAGUGCUUCAAAGUUGCACUGAAAGUGUGAGCUCCGACGCACCCAACUCUCACGCUUAGUAUUUCGUGAGUUAGAUUGCGCCCCCUAGGAUCUCGGAGCCGCCAGACUCAGCCGGAGGCCAGCGGAAGAGAGUUACAACCGUCAUGUCCGAGUAUAUAACCCCAUAUGACCAACAUCCUCAGAGCCUCAGGCUCUGCAUCGCACCGGAUCCCCUUCGAAUCGUAGCCCAGAUUGUUAGGCACUGCAUUGAAGUAGAUACUGUGUAACAGUCCUGAUCCAGAUUAUCAGGCACUGCUUUGCAAUGAAUUAGCUUCGUGACGUUGUCGUGCUCCACGUUGUCAGGCAUUGCAUCUUGCUCAAGCCGAAGUAUCCGGCUGAGAAUUUCAAAGAUUGUAAAUAAACUAUUCGAGUUUAGCGAGUUUAUAAGAAAGUCGCUAUGAGAGAGUGCCUUUCUAUCCACGUUGGUCAAGCCGGCAUUCAGAUCGGCAACGCGUGUUGGGAGCUUUUCUGUCUCGAGCACGGUAUCCAGCCUGAUGGGCAAAUGCCAAGUGACAAGACAGUGGGAGGAGGAGAUGAUGCCUUCAAUACCUUCUUCAGUGAAACGGGAGCGGGAAAGCAUGUGCCUAGAUGUGUCUUCCUGGACUUGGAGCCCACUGUGAUUGAUGAGGUGAGGACUGGCACGUACCGCCAGCUCUUUCACCCCGAGCAGCUCAUCAGUGGCAAGGAAGAUGCCGCCAAUAACUUUGCUCGAGGGCACUACACCAUUGGGAAAGAGAUUGUGGAUCUGGCGCUGGACAGAAUUCGAAAGCUGGCCGACAUGUGCACUGGUCUGCAGGGAUUCAUGGUCUACCACGCAGUCGGUGGCGGCACAGGCUCAGGCCUCGGCUCCCUGCUCCUGGAGAGGCUGUCAGUUGACUACGGCAAGAAAACCAAGCUUUCCAUGUGCAUCUUCCCAAGCCCACAAGUUUCUGGCGCAACCGUGGAGCCUUACAACAGCAUUUUGUCAUGCCAUGGCCUCUUGGAACACACAGAAGUCUCGGUGAUGUAUGACAACGAAGCCAUAUACGAUAUAUGUCGAAGGAGCUUGGACAUAGAGCGGCCCACGUACACGAACCUGAACAGGCUAAUCACGCAGGUGAUGUCGUCAUUGACUGCCUCUUUACGAUUCGACGGAGCACUCAACAUGGACCUCACCAACUUCCAAACCAAUCUGGUGCCAUACCCGAGAAUCCACUUCAUGCUCUCCUCGUACGCCCCCAUCAUCUCUGCGGAGAAAGCAUACCACGAGCAGCUGUCUGUGUCGGAGCUGAGCAACAGCGUGUUCGAGCCAUCCAGCAUGAUGGCAAAGUGCGAUCCCAGGCAUGGCAAGUACAUCGCCUGCGCGAUGAUGUACCGGGGAGAUGUGGUCCCCAAGGAUGUGAAUGCAGCUGUGGGCACUCUCAAAACGAAGCGGACGAUCCAGUUUGUGGACUGGUGCCCAACUGGGUUCAAGGUGGGUAUCAAUUACCAACCUCCAACGGUGGUGCCUGGCGGGGACUUGGCCAAAGUGCAGCGAGCGUUGUGCAUGAUCUCCAACAGCACGGCGGUGGCGGAGGUUUUCUCACGCCUGGACCACAAAUUCGACCUAAUGUAUGCGAAGCGGGCUUUCGUGCACUGGUAUGUUGGUGAGGGGAUGGAAGAAGGCGAAUUCUCGGAGGCGAGGGAGGAUUUAGCAGCUCUGGAAAAGGAUUACGAGGAGGUGGGUGCGGAUUCAACCGAGGAUGAUGGCGAGGACGAAGGCGAGGAAUAUUAGCCCAACCUCGGUUCCAGCUCCGACCAGUCGGCGGUUUUCUUUUGUACAAAAACACACAUUCAUCGGAUGAUAUCUUUCGUUUUUUCUUACACCCUACAACAACUGUUCUUCACUUCGCAGUGAGAUUGUAGAACUGAAGUGUGCGGUACUCAAUUACCGUUGAGCCCACUCUUUCUUUGUUCGGAAUUCGAAUUCUUGCAACUUAUUUCUGUUGAAAUGCUUCACUAGUAACACGAUUUCACUGCAAAGUGCUCUUGGUUUGUUCAAAGCGGCAAUAUGGUUUCUCAGUUCAUUCGGAUCCGUUGCAUGAGAAUUCUUCAUUACCUGCAAUGUUUCACGUUGUCAUGUGACCAAAUCCAAUAGACGAAUGUAAUAUUUAUUCAUCGUUUUGAUGUUGGAUGCAAUUUGUUUUUUUA